AGCCCAGCCUGGAAUGGAAAGGAGAAGGGGAGGAGGAGGAGGUGCCGCCCCACCCAUAUGGGCUUUUCCCUCAGACAAGAGGAAAGAACAGGGGAUGAAAGGGCCUCUCGCAUUCACUCAGCAUCGCAAACUGCUGCUCGGGCGCCUCUGGCACACAGGCGAAAGGUAGGGAAUCAGAAGAACAUGGGGGCACGUAGGGAAGUGAAUUAUUCUCCGUUAACUCUGCGUCCUGCCGACCCCCGGCGUCCCCCCUCAGGAGCGCUGACCCGCAGGUACUGCUGGGCUUAAAGGCUGAAUGGAGACACGGACGGACCCUUGCACUGAGAGAACUGAAGCCAGAGGCCAAAUAUAGAGUGGAAACCCGACCCCCCCCCCCCUUACCCUACGCUUGGCUGCAACCUCCGCACUAGUCAAUGAGCCAGACGCAGCGACAGUCUAGUGAGUGUGUGCGCCCUGACCCCGUGUAGCCCUGAUACACGCGCGCUCAGUGUCACCUUUUGUCACCCCCACACACACCGCCGAUAUCCCACGGGAGACGCAGGGUGGGUUUAGCGACCUCACGUGCCAAAUGCGCAGCUGCAAAAGACAGAAACAAGCGACCGUGGCUGCUUCACGCUAAACAGAGAGGCGAUUUGCUCCUGAGCUGGGGACAUGGAUGGGGAUGGCAAACAGGAGCCUAAUGCUGAUGCCAAGAGCCCAGUUGUGGCGCUAGGAGAGCAGAUGCACCUUUCCCCUUGCGACGACGAGGAAGACGCAGCGGCAGGGGCUCUGUCCGUGCAACAUGGGGUGAGGCGACACCAUCACAAGCACAACCUGAAGCACAGGUACGAGCUGCUCGAGACACUGGGCAAGGGCACCUAUGGCAAAGUCAAGCGAGCCGUCGAGAGGUUUUCAGGCAGAGCGGUUGCCAUAAAAUCCAUUCGCAAAGACAAAAUCAGAGAUGAGCAAGAUAUGGUUCACAUCAGAAGAGAAAUUGAGAUCAUGUCAUCACUCAACCACCCGCAUAUCAUAAGAAUUUAUGAAGUUUUUGAAAACAAGGACAAGAUUGUGAUUAUAAUGGAGUAUGCAAGCAAAGGCGAGCUGUAUGAUUAUAUCAGCGAGAGACGAAGACUGAGUGAAAGGGAAACCAGACACUUCUUUCGUCAGAUUGUCUCUGCUGUGCACUACUGCCACAAGAAUGGUGUUGUACAUAGAGAUUUAAAACUGGAGAAUAUUCUUCUUGAUGAAAAUGGUAAUAUAAAGAUUGCUGACUUUGGUCUUUCAAACCUUUAUCAAAAAGAUAAAUUUCUGCAAACGUUCUGUGGUAGUCCUCUUUAUGCUUCUCCGGAAAUCGUAAACGGGAGACCGUAUCGAGGUCCUGAGGUUGACAGCUGGGCUCUUGGAGUACUUCUAUACACUCUAGUUUAUGGAACAAUGCCCUUUGAUGGUUUUGAUCACAAAAACCUAAUCAGACAAAUAAGCAGUGGAGAAUACCACGAGCCAACACAACCAUCAGAUGCUCGUGGGCUGAUCAGGUGGAUGCUCAUGGUUAACCCUGAGCGUCGAGCAACAAUUGAGGAUAUUGCAAACCACUGGUGGGUUAACUGGAGCUAUAAAAGUAGUGUAUGUGACUGUGAUGUUUUAAGAGACUCUGAAUCUCCACUGCUUGCGAGGUUUAUCGAUUGGCAUAACCGUUCUACCAGCAGGCAGCUCGAGGCUGAAAACAAAAGCAAGUGCCUUUCAAAACCAUCUGAAAUUUCAUUAGAACGGCAAAGAUCUUUAAAGAAAUCCAAGAAAGAAAAUGGCGUUGCACAGUCUUUGCAAGAUGGCGGCGAUGAAACAUCAUCGUUGACAAUAUCAAAGAGACCCAAAGGAAUAUUAAAGAAAAGAAAUAGUGAUUAUCGUUCACAUAGUGCUGGCUAUAUUGAAGGUGUGGUUAGUCCGGUUUUGUCCCCAGCACACAACAUCAAUGAUGAAAAAGGGCACAUAGAUACAUCUCCCAACAGCACACAAGACCUUGAAGUUCCAAUUAUAUGUGAUACCAAACAAGACACAGCAAUGCCAAAAAAGGGCAUUUUAAAAAAGACGCCACAAAGAGAGUCUGGCUAUUACUCUUCUCCUGAACGAAGUGAGUCAUCUGAACUGUUGGACAAUGAUGGAGAAGAAAGUAUCAGUCCUUCACAUGUUGUCAGUGAGUCAAAGAGAACUGUUUCUCAUAGCCUUUCAUAUAGAAGAAAAGGCAUCUUAAAGCAUAAUAGCAAAUAUUCCAGCAACUGCACCGAUUCUCCAGUGGCUGGUCUUACAGGAUCUUCACUGGAAUCUAUGAAAGAAGGGGUUAUGCCUGGAGAAGGGCUAACUCGAAGCUACAGUCGUCCAUCCAGCAUCAUUAGUGAUGACAGCAUUCUUUCAAAUGACUCCUAUGAUUUGCUUGAUUUAAAAGGUGGAAGAUCAAACAAGCAGAGAAUACGCAGUUGCGUUUCUGCUGAAAAUAUCCUGUAUCUGCAGGAUUUUGAUGGACUUCAGAAAAUCAAUCGUCCACAAAACUUGAAACGCUUCCGCAACCGUUUUGCAGACAAUAGCUUUUCUUUGCUUACUGAUAUGGAUGAUGUGACUCAGGUUUAUAAAAAAGCUUUGGAGAUCUGUAACAAUCUCACUUAAAGUUAUUCAUUUUAGCUUAAGAUACCUUUAUGGUGAACACAGGUACUUUGCUGACAGUGGUUGUGAAGAGUAAAAAUGUUUCUUAUAUCUGGCAUUCAGUUAUAAAAUGAGCCAAGUCAGCACAUUGAAUUUUACCUUUCUUAAAUCCUUUUCUAUAGAAGUUAAGUCAUGUUGUUUACAAUUGUAUGUGUACAGUAUUUUCUAGAAUUACUCUACAGUUUUGCUUUGCACUUGUCACUGUUGCACAGGAUCUGUUAGACUUCGCACACUCACUUCAAUCCUGACAGUGCAAUCAUUUGAAGGCUUUUGUUUAUGGCUUUUAUUAAUUACUAGACAUUAAGCCCGUUAAAUUAACGGGCGCUAGAACGGGCCGCCAGAGACGGUCCAUGGGGCACAUGCGCAGUAGCGCAAUCCCACGGACACAGGGACUGGACGCAGAGACACUUCAACUUUAUUUUAUAGGAUACAGUGCAGUUUCCAGUAUCCUUCUGUUCCUCUUCUAUUGAAUACAUUUUCUUAAAGGAGAAGGUUGCCAACUUAGUGGAUUUUGAGUCAAGUAAGCAUUAGUCUAAGUAUACCACCAAGAUGUUGCCUUGUUUGAUUAUCUGGUCAGGGAUUGUUCUGAUAUCAGUUGUGCUGGAAAGAAAAUCCCACCAGGAUCAAGUUAUUUAAAAGGGUUUUUAACAGAAAGAUUUAUCCUUAUAGGGCCCACAACAUGGAUCUUCUCUGAAUCCUUCUAUAUAUACCGGCACUACUUAAACACGCAGUAAGGGUUUUUGAUUGCAAUUUAUUAGUCAUCAAUCCUAUAUACUUUUUCUUUCUACUUACUGCAGUUACCAUCUUUUAAUAGUCAAAGUGCAAGAUACUCAAGACAGUGGGGGUAUAUGUAGAAAUAUGCAAAGCCUCUUUUACCAAUAUGAUUUAGUAGUCACAGAAAAAGUCCAUUCAGUAAGAAGGAAAUUCACUUACAUAAAGAUAAUUUUUUUUAAGUAUAAAAUUAUAUUUAUUGUUUUAAUAAUUAUUUUUAUUAUUUUAAUUAAUCGUGUAGCACCUUAAUUUAGGCAUUUAUAAAUACUGACUGCAGUAUAUUUCAGUGAUAGGAAUUCAUCUGUAGUUCAUUCAUUUUAGUGCUAUUGUUUUAAUCAUUUUAAUUCUCUGGAUAAAAUGGUCUUAUACCUGGAAUUAGGUAAUUUGUUAUUCAAUAGACAUCCAAAUCUAUUAAAGGAAGCAGCUCUUUUAAAAUGUAUUCUUACACCGAUAACAGUGAUUUAGCCAUUCACUCUUGAUCAGAUCAAUAUAGUUAUAGUGACCAUUGUCAUUCAGUCAUGACAAAACCAUGUGCAGCCCCCCACCAAAUUAAUGAAGUAGGCAGGCACUUUCCACAUCUGGGUCAGCCAACUACCUCAUGACACUAUCAUAAAGGUCCUUGACUCAAGUGGUGGGGCAGGUUCUAACAGCCCUGGUCAAAUUAUAUUCAUUCAGUGAUAUGAGUUCUUAAACAAAAUACAUUAUAUAUUGGUCAACUUUAUCUUACCCUGUGCCAAGAUUAGAUUGCUUAGACCUCAGUUUCUUCUCAAGAGAAGAGAUUGAAUAGUUAUUGUUUUCAUAGACUGAAAAUACAAAUGCAAAGGGCUAAGUCCAAGGGGCCUUGGGCCUAUAUCCAAAAAUACAUUGUUCCCUGCUUGACUGAAUGUCUUAGUUGAGACAUACUAUGGAAGGCUCUACACAGGGUAAAUGCAGUAACUCAUUAACAUUUUCUGUUAAUUUAUGAGAACGUUAUCUGGCCCAAGUGUCAGGGCAUAGAUACACAUGCAUUUUACCCCAUGGUAAUGGCACAGUUUUUAAAAAAGCAGACCACUGCCUAAAUACGGUAGCCUAGUGUUCCACUGACUAAGUUUGUAACCGCUUAGUGUUUUUAAAAAACCCCGGCGUGAACCAUACUGUAAAAACGCAUGUGUGUCCAAUGCCCUUAGAUUAUUGCGCAUGUAGACAAUCUUUGACCACUCUGCCUUAUAUCAUGUGACUUAAUAUAUGCGACAAGUGAGAAAAACAAAUACCUUUUCAUUUAGGUCCCCAAUCGCAUUUUUAGACUCUAAAAAUGUGAAAGUAUGGAGAUAUAAUGUAUAAUAAUAUAGGAGAGUGAUAUAUACGAAUAUAUCGUUUUAUUUUAUUUUUUGCUUGUUUUAUUUAUAUUUUUCCUUGUGUUUUAAUAAUUUCUUUAUGAAUUUAGAGCAUGUUUGUUAAACAUAUUUUAAGAGAGGCAAACUGCUCUGUUGCGUUUCCCAAACUAUUUUUUACCUAGAUUCCUUUACAACUGAUGUCAUUUGUAAUUUUAGUAUGUUGUUACGUUUUUUACUUCACUGUCAGCAAAUACUAUCUCAAAUAAUUAGUGAUGGGUGAGAAAUUUGCGAAACUUUUUCUGUCUCAGCGAAUUUUCUCGCCGCUGAAUCUUCUCAACAGUUUUGCAAAACAAUUUGCAAGUGGCGAAAUGCUGAAAUCCGCCGCAGAUCCAUCCAGUACAAAAUGGUUCUCGAGUUAAGUUGGUUUUUAGAAUGUUAGCUGAAAUGGUUAUGGCAAGUAGAAAAAGUAAAGAGUCUCAAUGUGAUUUGAAAGUUCUUGGUAUUGAAGGAAAUCUGAUAAGUGUAUAUUUUUUUUGGAAUGCAAAAAUAUUGCAAUGAAAUAUACCAUUGCCCAUCACAAUGGUAUAGCAAAGUGUAUGGGAAAAGUUUCUAGAAUGUUGUAGAAAGGAAAAGUAGGUGGUUUUGUUAAAACUCUGAAGAACAGUAGAAAAUAGCUUUUAUUUUUACCAUAAAGGUAUUUCAGGGGUCAACUGGACUGUUUGAAUGAAUACAAGUGUUCAUAGGCUACAUUGGGAGAUAGGCCUGGGCAAACAAAUAAGGAUUGGUGUAUUCUUUUACAUCUCAAGUGGCAUUUUUUUUUCUUUGUGACCAAAAUGAAAACAACCAUUUUACAGAAGAUAGGCUCAUAUGAAUUUAGCUUAAGGUUAAGUCAGUCAUAAUGAGUUUUAUUGUAGAACUGCUUUAAAAAAAUCGGCUCAUUGAUUUGCUGAAUUUCGCUUAUGCUAUUUUCUAAAUGCAAAUCAUUAUGUAUUAAAUAUCAGGCAGAAUGGCAGAGUUUUAAUAUCUUAUAUGGCUGCUAGACACUGGAUCUCAUUGAGUCCUUCUAUAUGAGUCAAAUUAAGACUAGGUCAAUACUUGUUUAAGUAGACACAUUAAUGCUAACAAAAAUGAAAAUAUUCCUAUUUUCACUUACAAGUCAACUCUUUUUAAAAUUUGUAAGAGCAGCCAUAUUGCCAUGUGCCGUAUGCAUAUAAUAAUGUAUUUAGCCACUUAUUACAUUUUUUUGCGUGUAUUUUCUAUCAUUAUUUAUCAUGUUGGAAAAUGUUAUUUGUUGGUUGUUUUUUUUUUUUUAAUAUUCUUUACCUAUUCUUGGUAUUUUUAAAAUCAGUCAGCAGAGACUGAACAUUAUACUUUAUUUUAGGAUUCAAUACACUGUUAUGACUGACAGCUUAAAGAGAAGUAUAUAGCAAUGAUGCAUCUGUAUUUACAUUAUUAUAGCAGCGCCUACACUGCUCCCUUCUUCUCCCAAAGAAAACUGACUCUAAAUACAUAUCAAUUCUAGUACAGAAAAAAAAAAAAUAUAUGACUAUGACUAUGAAGAUUUUCAUUUAUCCAGAUCAUGGUAUAUCUAGUAAAGGUAAUUCUAAAACAACUGGAUUUACUGAGUAAUCAUUGAAGACGUUUCACUACUCAUCACUUUAUUUUCCAAAGCAUUGCUAUUGUUCCCUUUUUAAAAUAGCACUGUCAGACCUUUCCUGUGCAUUGGUCUUUUAACCAGAAAACGACAUGUUUGUGGGUUGGAAUGUAAAAUUUCAAUGCAAAGCUAAGACGCCUAUGGAACUUUUAGGCUGGCUGUAGGCUAUAAAAAUUCUUUGGAGAGAUACUUCCUACCUGUGGCCUUCCAUCUUAACAGCCCUGUCUUAGAAGAUUACAAUGUACAUUAUUUAUGUCCAACACUUUGGAGAAAUCUCUGUUGGAAAGACCAUGUUUAUUUUGAAUGUAUCUCAAUCAUUUUGCUUUAAAAGUGAAAAGGGGAUGUUGCAUGUUACCAAAGAAAACAGUAUUUAGUGCAGACUAUGUUUGCCCAGGUCAUACUUUUUGUUUGAACAAAAGAUAUUUUAAAGAAGAAAAUAAUUAUGUGAAUGAAUAAUUGACUGUUUAUUGCCAACUGGAAACAUUAUAUAGGGAUUUACUGGCAUGUUCUCAUUUGUAGAAAAGAAACUUGACUGCACAUUGUUAUUAGUAUUGUGAUUUUAUUUAAUAUUAUUUGUAAUGCUAUGGUGUUUUUUUUUAUUUGUCUAUGCCUUUUUUAUUUAUUGUUCUAAAUUCAGUUUUAAAAGGUAUAAUAUAUUUGUUGUAAUUUAAUCAGUGCAACAUUUCUUGAAGCUCCUGCCAAAAGUUUAUCGAUGAUCGGUGUGUUUGGGCUCCAUUAAUUAUUCUCAUGUAGAAGUGAGAAGCUCUUGACAAGCACCGAAAAUGUGUUUUUUUUAAUUGUUUUUUUUAUUAAAUAAAAUUCUGUGAUUACAGUCA